UAUAAACACUCAUGGGCACAGGCGACCGAAAGGGAGUAAACACAACUUUUUUUUUUGUUUAAUACAGAAAGUGUAUCAUAUUUGUUAUGGUAUUUGAGAAGUAACAGAAGCGGCGAUUGUUUCUGAACUACUGAAAGCUAAAUCGGUUUAAUCAGGACCUCAGAAAGCGAGAAAGAUAUAUAAGGGCCUAUCAAAUAUGUCCUCCUCCCAGUCAUCUUCAAGGCGGCAGUGGUGUUGUUACCUUUGCGAUUUGCCCAAGAUGCCAUGGGCUAUGAUCUGGGACUUUAGCGAGACUGUCUGCCGAGGCUGUGUGAAUUAUGAAGGGGCAGACCGUAUUGAAUUCCUCAUAGAAACGGCCAGGCAGUUGAAAAUAACUCAUGUUAUGCAGGAUGACAGGUCCCCGGGUCCCCAGCCCACUAAACAUGACCCAGGUGGGAGAGAUGGACCUAUGGAGGGUGGCAGGCCACCUCCUGAACGCUUUGAAAGGGGAAGAGGGGACUACGGAGCCCCAGCACGGCUCCCCAACGGUCUACACAGAAUAGAUGACGGGGGCCCACAACAAGACGUCAGUGGACAGAACCCUAACAACGCCAGAAGACCCAUGGUGGGUACAGUUCCGCCCAAUUUAAUGACACAAGGCCUUGUGGGGUCUCCGCACGGGUUGCUAGCAACUGUGCCUGGUUUAAAUGCCAGAGUCGGGGGAACCCCCCUCACCCUCUCUGCCCCCAUGCUGAAUGAGAUCACCAAGAGGCAGCUGAGUAUGGGCAUGGGUGUGGCCUCCUUCCUGAGCCCGGAGUUUGAGAAGGAGCUGAGGGAGAAGCAGAGGAACGCAGAGGCUCUGGCAGAGCUGUCGGAGAGCGUACGGAACAGAGCAGACGACUGGGCCGGCCGACCAAAGGCUGUACGAGGGGCCCUGCUCACCCUCUCCGGCUGCACCCCCUUCAAUGUGCGCUUCAAGAAGGACCACAGCCUGGUGGGGCGGAUCUUUGCCUUCGACGCCAAGCUGACGCUGGACUUUGAGCUGAAGAUCUUUGCGGAGUACCCGUGCGGCUCGGGGAACAUGUUCUCCAGCCUGGCGGCGCUGGUCAAGCAGAUGUUCCACGACAGCCAGAAAGACUCUGGGAACAAGAUGAUCAACUUGGGCCUGAAGUAUGUAGAGUAUGAGAAAAGGCAUGGGGCGGGGGACUGGCGGCUGCUCUCUGAGCUGCUGAGUGAUGCGGUACGGGCCUUUAAGGACACCCCCGGCCCUGACGUUCUCCCCCAGCCCUACCUGGACGCCAGCUGCUCCAUGCUGCCCACAGCACUGUGUCACAUGGCCCGCUCUGCACCGCCAGUCCGCGGGCGGCGGAGGAAGGCUUCCCCGGAGCCCCAGGGUGGAGAAGUGGUGACCACAGAGGAGCAGCUACGGCAGUAUUGGCCCAUGGGGAUGUACCCGGGCAUGGCUAUCCACCUAGCUGCCUCCUCCCUCCCCAGCGCUAGCCAGCCACCUCCUCACCAGGAGGGCUCGGCCUCCCACUCCCACAGCAGCGACCCCUCCCCCAUCACAGCCCUGAUGAGCGUGGCAGACAACGCAGGUGCAGCCGCCGGCCAGUCACCCAGAGAGGCCCCUAGUAGCAGCAGUAGUGGUGGUGGAGGCCUGGGCCACUCCUCCUUGGCAGUGAGACGGAGCAGCAGCCCCACGGCAGCCUGCCCUGCGGGGCAACAGCGGCGCCUGGCCUCCAGGAACGGGGAACCUGAGGGAGCCAGCAACUCUGCAGGGGGCACCACAGCAGCUCUCCCCCUGGCUGGGGCCUCGGACCAGGGAGCAGGGGACCCCUCCGGCUCCUCUGGUCCUCCUCUCUGCUGCACCAUCUGCCAUGAGCGCUUAGAGGACACUCACUUUGUCCAGUGCCCCUCGGUUGCGGCCCAUAAGUUCUGCUUCCCUUGCACCAGAGACUUCAUCCGGAGCCAGGGGGCAGGCAGCGAGGUGUUCUGCCCCAGUGGAGAGAGGUGUCCCCUGGUGGGCUCCAAUGUGCCCUGGGCCUUCAUGCAGGGAGAGAUCGCUACCAUCCUGUCUGGAGAUGUCAAGGUGAAGAAGGAGCGCGACCCCUAAAUCCUCUGGGACACCUGACUAAGGCUGUUGAUGCCUGAGUGGAGCUGCAGCCUGGAGCCUGCAGACAGAUAACGACAAUCUCAACAGGUUCUCCCCACCUCACAGCCAACCACCACGGCAAUCCACCAGGUUCUCCCCACCUCACAGCCAAUCACCACGGCAAUCCACCAGGUUCUCCCCACCUCACAGCCAACCACCACGACAAUCCGCCAGAUCUCCCCACCUCAAAGCUAAUCACCACGGCAAUCUACCAGGUUCUCCCCACCUCACAGCCAAUCACCACGGCAAUCCACCAGGUUCUCCCCACCUCACAGCCAAUCACCACGACAAUCCGCCAGAUCUCCCCACCUCACAGCCAACCACCACGACAAUCCGCCAGAUCUCACCACCUCAAAGCUAAUCACCACGGCAAUCUACCAGGUUCUCCCCACCUCACAGCCAAUCACCACGGCAAUCCACCAGGUUCUCCCCACCUCACAGCCAAUCACCACGGCAAUCCACCAGGUUCUCCCCACCUCACAGCCAACCACCACGACAAUCCACCAGGUUCUCCCCACCUCACAGCCAACCACCACGACAAUCCGCCAGAUCUCCCCACCUCACAGCCAACCACCACGACAAUCCGCCAGAUCUCACCACCUCAAAGCUAAUCACCACGGCAAUCUACCAGGUUCUCCCCACCUCGCAGCUAAUCACCACGACAAUCCACCAGGUUCUCCCCAACGCGCAGCCAAUCAUCAUACACCUCCACCUCCAUGGGGCGGGCCUUACAAUACCACACCACUGUCUGGUUGGUUAGGGGGUGACCAUACCCCCAGCUCACAUCUAGUACCUAAUUCACCCCUUUGUCCCUCAAACAUCAACUUAUCUACAUUAGUAUUGGUCACUAGUAUUAGUCACUGAGUUUAUAAACCAGUGGACCAUGGUUGGGAAGUAUGAACUUCAUCUAGCCCCUGUUAUAGGUGAUUUGAGAUCUUUCUAAAAGAUAUCUGAGUGGCAAUGUGAAAGACUGAUGACUUCACUAAAUGUUACAGCAACGUACAGACUUGGACUGUUCCUCUUGUGACCUUUUUUUGUUUUGUUUUGCGUCACAUUUGUGCUUUACAUAAAACUGACUUUGACUGUCACCGACCUCAAACCAGCAGUUAAUGUACACUACCAGUCAAAAGUUUGGACACACCUACUCAU